GAGCGGCGCUUAGGGGGCGGAGCCGGCGCCGGUCCCGCCCAGGCGGCGUCUCUGCGGCGCCGGAAGCGGCGCGGCUCCGCUGGCGGCUCGUGGGGCGGCGGCAGCGCCGGGUCGUGCCCGGCCCAGCCUCCCCAGGCCCGGCCUCCCCCGCGGACUGGAGCCCCAAUGGACACAAGAGCGGAGCAGAGCACGUCCUGACCCCCGCCCCACGUGGCUGCCCAGUGCCGGCCCCUGUGACUAUGGACGAGUGGAAACCCAACCCCGCCCUUAAGCCCCACAAGAAGCGGAGCUGGUAUCUUGCCUGGAAGUACAAGCUAAUGAACCAGCGCGCGCUGCGGAAGCUCUGCCAGACGGGUGCUGUCCUCUUCCUGCUUGUGACUGUAAUUGUGAACAUCAAGCUGAUCUUGGACACCAGGAGAGCUGCUUAUGAGGAGGAAGAGGAGUCUGCACAGGACUAUGAUGACGAGGUGCUGAAUGUGGAGGUCCCCAGGCACCCUAUCAGCAACAAGAAGGUCUUGGAUGUUGAGGUGUACUCCAGCCGGUCAAAGGUGUACGUGGCUGUGGAUGGGACAACAGUCCUGGAAGAUGAGGCUCGGGAGCAGGGAAGAGGGAUCCACGUCAUCGUCUUAAACCAGGCUACGGGUCAUGUGAUGGCCAAGAGGGUCUUUGACACCUAUUCUCCCCAUGAAGAUGAAGCCAUGGUACUUUUCCUCAACAUGGUUGCCCGGGGCCGGAUCCUGAUCUUCACCAUUAAGGAUGAAGGCUCCUUUCACCUCAAGGACACAGCCAAGAAUGUCCUGAAAAGCCUGGGGAGCCAAGUUGCACCAUUCCUGAGCUGGAGAGACAUGUGGACAUUUGUGGGGAAGAAGGGAGGGGAAGUGUACGGGGAGAAGCAUGCCAAGUCACCCGCCCUCUCGACAUGGGGCGACCCUGUCCUGCUGAAGACAGAAGUUCAUCUGACAUCUGUGGAAGAUGCUGAGUGCCACUGGCCCGACACAGAGCUGAACCGCCGACGGAAGAGGUUCUGCAGCAAAGUAGAAGGCUACGGCAGCGUCUGCAGCUGCAAAGACCCCACGCCUAUCGAGUUCAACCCCGAUCCUCUCAAAGACAAUAAAGUCUUUGAUGUGCCUGUAGCUGUUAUUGCAGGGAAUCGCCCCAACUACCUGUACAGGAUGCUGCGCUCCUUGCUGUCGGCUCAGGGUGUCAAUCCACAGAUGAUCACUGUCUUCAUCGAUGGGUACUAUGAGGAGCCGAUGGAUGUCGUGGAGCUGUUUGGCCUCUCAGGAAUCCAGCACACUCCCAUCAGCAUUAAAAAUGCCAGAGUUUCCCAGCACUACAAAGCCAGUCUGACUGCAACCUUCAACCUGUUCCCGGAUGCCAAAUUUGCUGUGGUUUUGGAGGAAGACCUUGACAUUUCUGUUGACUUCUUCAGCUUUCUGAGCCAGUCGAUACACCUUCUGGAGGAGGACGAGAGCCUGUACUGCAUCUCAGCUUGGAACGACCAGGGCUAUGAGCACACGGCUGAGGACCCCUCGCUCCUGUACCGCGUGGAGACCAUGCCAGGCCUAGGCUGGGUGCUCCGGAAGAGCCUGUACAAGGAUGAGCUGGAGCCAAAGUGGCCAACCCCUGAGAAGCUCUGGGACUGGGACAUGUGGAUGAGGAUGCCCGAGCAGCGCAAGGGCCGGGAGUGCAUCAUCCCCGACAUCUCACGCUCCUACCACUUUGGCAUCGUGGGGCUCAACAUGAACGGCUACUUCCACGAAGCCUAUUUCAAGAAGCACAAGUUCAACACAGUUCCCAAUGUCCAGCUUAAAAACGUGGAGAGCUUGAGGAAGGAUGCCUAUGAGACUGAAAUCCAUCGGCUCCUGGGUGAGGCUGAGGUCUUGGACCACAGCAAGAAUCCCUGUGAGGACUCCUUUGUGCCCGACACGGAGGGCAAAGUCUACGUCAUGUUCAUCAGGAUGGAGCAGGAAGCAGAUUUCACCACCUGGACUCAGCUUGCCAAGUGCCUCCACAUCUGGGACCUGGACGUCCGUGGGAACCACAAGGGGCUGUGGCGGCUCUUCCGCAAAAAGAACCACUUCCUCGUGGUGGGGGUCCCUGCCUCCCCCUACUCGUCCAAGAAGCCCUCAUCGGUGACACCCAUCUACAUGGAGCCCCCCGCCAAGGAGGAGGGGGCAGCAGCAGUGCCAGCGGUUCCUGCAGCAGAGCAGACGUGAGACUGGCAGCUGGGAAGCAAGGGGGGCCAGGGGAAGGCAGAGACCCCUGCGGUGCAGACAGAGUUGGCAGCAGCUCAGAGGCUGGUGACCCGACACGGACUCCCUUUUCAGGCUGCAAAAUGAGAUCUUGGGCUCCAUCCAGCCCCUGCUGUGGUGUCCCUGCCCCUCACACAGGACAGGGUCUGUCCCUGUAGAUAUGCCACACCCCCAUCCCAGAAACUGUUUUUUUUUUUUAACACAGACUUUACUAACGCUGCUCCUAUUGCCCCUUGGCUGGGCAAGGCUGGAGGAAGGAGAUGCUCGAUUUGGGGGCUAGAGGGAGCCUCGAGCAACACCUCAGCUUCCCUUUUCAGCCCCUGAGUCCUGAGAAGGCAGCAUGCCCAUGUGCAAGUGCUGCAUCCUCCCAGCUGGUUGUUAUUUAUUAACUCUUGCCUGGCUGGGUCCAUGCCCAGGGGUAAACGAGGUGUUGAAGAGGGGAUCUUCCAGCAUCUCUUCUGUCUCCUGCGCAAUGGAUGCACCUUGAGGAUUAUGCGAGGUUGGGCAUCUCCCUGCAUGCCAGCUUCAUUUCUUGGGCCGUGGUGACUGGUGCAGUCCAGCUCAUGGAAAGGGAAUACGGAAGAAGAGGUGAACUUGGCUGUGGACAUGUAGGGGACACCCCAAACCUGGCCUGCGGGCAGUCAGAUGCCCCUUUCUUUACCCUGCAGUUCUGGGCACUGGAGAUAACUGCAGAUGGAAGCGGACUUGGCUGCGUGCUGUGGCUCAGACCAUCCUCAUCCACCCUCUCUGUGGGGAGUAGCCCUGCUUCCAAGUCAUGGGAAAGGGGGUGAAAGUGCCUUGCGGAGUGUGAGGGGAGCAGCCAGCAGACACCCCCCAGCUGCAGGGGUAGGGUGGACCCUGGGUCCCCUGGAGCAAGAGAAGCUGAGCUCUGGUGUGGUCCUUUCCUGUGGUACUGUACCCUGUAUCUCUCUCCUCCCUGGCCAGGUACCCCCAGCUCUUCCUGAAGGCCCAGGGGCUUUGUUCUUAGAAAUUCUCACUCUUCCCGUGGUACAUUGCUAGCAGGGAAGCUGUGAGCUGAUCCAGAAGGGGCAGCCUGGCUCCCCUGCUGUGGUAUGCCCCUCAUGCAGGGUCCUUAUCCCCCCUCCCAUGCCUUAGGAAGGACCCCAGGGCCCCCUCCCAACCCCAGCCACUUGGUACUAAUACCCCCCGCACCGGGGUCAGUCCUGAGCCCCUUGUUCAGUGCACGUCUCCACCUUGUCCACGCAGCAGGAGGUCUUUGCCCAGGUCCACCAGCAUCAGGCAUGGAUGCUGCACUCUGGCUUGCCCCUGAGAGCAGCUCAGCACUUUCCCUGUGGUUGCAGGGGCUCUUCCCCUUUAUUUUCCCACUGUGAACUGAGCAUUGGGGUCUACACUACACUAACUUAUUUAUUUAUUGCUUGUGGGAAGGGGGGGAUGGCAGGAAAGCAGCAUGGAGGGCUGGCAGCCCUGAGCCUGCAUGGGGGCAGUUGUGAGAGGUUUGUCUCUUGUCCCUCUGGCUCUGUCUGUUCUUUUACUUCCUUGCCUGGGAAAUCUGCUCCUCUCUGGCCGAAAUGAGCCCUGUGGGCACACAGCUCAACUCUAGCAUGACCCUGGGGACUCUGACCCUUGUAGUCCCUUCCAUGCCUGUCCCAGCGGCAGGGAUGGGACAGAUGCAGGAGGGGAACAAGAGGAUGCAGGGUGGCAUCCUUUAGACAGGGGUACAGGCCUGGGUUCAUCCCUGCUGUCCUCUCACACGCCCUGGGAGUGAAGCAAGUAUUGGGAAAGAGAUUUGGCUUCAACCCUGGGAAGGUUCCCUGCUGGGAAGAACCUCUAGUUCUCUAUCAUGAUGCCCUUUCCUUGGCAUCGUGGUUCCCAAGGCCCAGUUUUCCUUCUCCCUGAAACUCCUUUUUCCCUUCUUCCCUGAUGGGGCUCAGCCCUGCCCUCCUCAUAGCUCUUUUUGGGGUUGGGGAGGGUGGUCCUAAGGGUAGGGAAUGGCUGAGCAUGAGGUCCCCUCUCCUUCCCGGCUCUGUGUUGUCCUGGGGGCUGCAUCUCCCUGCUCUUGAUGACAGCAGGACUUGACCCACAGGCUGUGAGCCCCUCAGUUUUCCCCCCUCUCCUGCAAUGGGCCCACUGGGUGCUGUUCUCCGUCCCUCUCCGUUCCUCCAGCAAGGCUCCGGUGUGGCGGCCGUGGUAGCACCGGGUGCACAGGCAUCCCCAGGGCUUGCUGCUUUUUCAAUUGAAUUAUUUUUUCAAGAAUAAACGUUGCAAAGCUGUUGA